UCAUAAUAAAUAGCACUCACAAAUAAUUUUGAACACUCUUUUCCCCAAUACAACCGACGAUCAGCUGCAGCAGAGAGCAGGCGGCGUAGGAGGCCACAGAUCAUGGUGCACGUCUCGUUUUACCGCAAUUAUGGGAAGACAUUUAAGAAGCCUCGUCGUCCUUAUGAGAAGGAGAGACUUGAUGCUGAGUUAAAGCUUGUUGGAGAGUAUGGUUUGAGGUGCAAAAGGGAGCUAUGGAGGGUUCAGUACGCUUUGAGUCGUAUCAGGAACAAUGCUAGAAAUCUUUUGACCCUUGAUGAAAAGGAUCCCCGUCGUAUUUUCGAGGGUGAGGCCCUAUUGAGGAGGAUGAACAGGUAUGGCCUGCUGGAUGAGAGCCAGAACAAGCUUGAUUAUGUCCUGUCCCUCACUGUGGAGAACUUUCUUGAGCGCCGUCUCCAAACUUUAGUCUUCAAGGCAGGCAUGGCCAAGUCUAUUCACCAUGCUAGAGUGCUUAUCAGGCAAAGGCACAUCAGGAUUGGGAGGCAGGUUGUCAAUGUCCCUUCUUUCCUUGUUAGAGUUGACUCCCAGAAACACAUUGAUUUCUCUCUCACUAGUCCAUUUGGCGGUGGUCGCCCUGGAAGAGUGAAGCGAAGGAACCAAAAGGCAGCUUCAAAGAAGGCUUCUGGUGGUGAUGGAGAUGAGGAUGAUGAAGAGUGAAGUGUAGGUUCAUUUAGUUUAUAGUUUUACUGGUUGGAGCAGGUUGAUUCAUCUUUUCCAUUGUAGCAAUGAAUUGUCUUUACAUCAUCAGUGGUUUUGUUGAGAUAUUAAGAGUUAGAUGAACUUGUUCCUUUGACAUGUUAAAUUUUGCCAUUUAUAAUGAAGUUGGAACUUUUGGUUUUCA